UUGAAGCGGCCUAUUCCCCUCCACAAUACAAAAUAUGCCAAUAAGCACACCCAGUUCACAAUCACAGGAAGUGCACAAAGAAGAUUGAAUUAUCCACUUCAUUUCACCCAUGUAUGCCGCCUAAGUUCAACAAGAACAGGGUAGUUGGCAACAGGCACAAAGAAAACCACUUUCGUCACGCUGAACUGGAUGUCCUCCCUAUUUCGUCUCUUCUCCGCCCCCCAGGGCAAAAGUAGGGAACAAAGAAGAAGAAAUUCCUCCAUAAUUCAUCGCUUAUUUCUAUCUUCCCUAUGCUCGCAUUUCCUUGCGUGCUCCGUUUCAUAUUUGUUGAAGUCCAUACAAUCAGCGCCCUUGCCCUUCUAUCUUCCCCAUGCUCGCAUUUGCUCGCUUGGUCCGAUUCAAAUAUUCAAGUCCAACAGUCAUUUACUCAGUCAUGUCCAAACAUUUCUCUUCUCUCGUGUCGUAGUGCUUGCUCCCCAGUUGUGUGAUAUUCAACUCAAACAUGUGACUCAUGUGACUCUGACAAUUCAACAUCGAUUCCGAUCAUCGGUCAAAUGUAAGGGAAUCCAAAUCCAGCCAUCCAGCCGGGUGGCCAAACAACGCCAGAACCUGAACGCCUCGCCUGAUCAAAUCGUAUUCGAUAAUUUGGUAUUUUGUUCGUUUCGUAUGUGUAAUGUACUGUGCAAUGCUUUUGCAGCAUUCGAUGGUCGCCCAGAGAGAAAAUUUGGUAUGUAGAGGAGUGUUUGUGUUUCGUCAUGUGAUUUCGUGCUUUUUCUAUCUUACUCAAACAAGGUGUUGUAGUUGUGGCGGGGGAGGGGCUCAAGAGGCAGCAGCCUUUUGAGCCUUCUCUUGAGCGCGAGCAUUGCGGGCCGCACGGACAAGGGGAGCGAGCUCGAUGAGGGGGGCGCAUUUCGUCAUGAACUCAUGCUGCAGCAUAUAUUAGCGGGGUUGACGGGAGAGGAGAAUAGC